AUGGAGCUGUUCAAGGGAUUCAAACAAACACAGGUGAUCAGGGCGGUCGCGGACAAAGGAAAACGCCCUGAAAAUCCUCAAGGGGCGUCUGCUUCGCCCGAUGUCGUGCCUCUGAUGGAGCAACGCUGGAAGCAAGACCCUGCGGAUCGCCCCUACGGAUUUGGGCCUGUGGUUCGGGACAAGCGCACGGAAGAGGAGCGAGAACACGAGCCCCCAAUGGUUGUUGGCAGGAUGUCCGAUUCCGACGACCUGGAGGUCGCCAAGAACCUCCUCAACCAGGCGGACGGGUUGCAGCAACAGGGCAAGUAUUGUGAUGCUGACUCUCCCUAUCUUCGAGUCAUCGAGAUUCAGGAGAAGAUGCCAGGUCCUGCCUGA